UUUCACGAUGAACGGCUAUCUGGUGCUGCUGCCGUUAGCACUGUGCCUUUGCGGUUUGCCGUCGAUUGAUGCUGUUCAACCGGGUCGAAAGUUCGAUAUCGACUUCCAAAACGAUACCUUCACCAAAGAUGGUCAACCGUUCCAGUUUAUUUCGGGUUCGUUUCAUUACUUCCGUGCGCUGCCCGAAUCAUGGCGCCACAUCUUGCGUUCGAUGAGGGCGGCUGGAUUAAACACUGUCAUGACUUACAUCGAAUGGUCACUACACGAACCGAUGCCGGGCCAGUACCAGUGGGAAGGCAUUGCAAAUCUGGAUGAAUUCAUAGAGAUAGCUAAAAGUGAGAAUUUGUAUGUCAUCUUGCGCCCCGGACCGUACAUCUGUGCCGAGCGUGAUAUGGGUGGAUUCCCACACUGGUUGCUAAACAAGUAUCCUACCAUCAAGCUACGAACGUAUGACAGAGACUAUUUGAGGGAAGUCCAAAAUUGGUACAACCAACUAAUGCCUCGCAUUGUACCGCAUCUGUAUGGCAAUGGUGGGCCAGUGAUUAUGGUUUCCAUCGAAAAUGAGUACGGAUCGUUUCAUGCCUGUGAUGGGCAGUAUAUGCAGUUUUUGAAAAAUUUAACUGUUCACUUUGUACAGGAUAAAGCCGUACUGUUUACAAACGAUGGACCGGAACUUUUGAAAUGUGGAUCGAUCCCCGGAAUUCUACCCACGCUCGACUUUGGAAUUACAACCAACCCGAAUGCAUUUUGGCAGCAGCUGCGAAAAUAUUUACCCAAAGGACCGUUGGUCAAUGCGGAGUACUAUCCCGGCUGGCUAACACACUGGAUGGAACCGACAGCACGUGUUGAUGCUGGAAUGGUCGUCAGCACGCUAAAGCUCAUGCUUAAUCAGAAGGCUAACGUUAACUUUUACAUGUUCUUCGGUGGUACCAACUUUGGCUUUACUGCCGGUGCAAAUGAUGUCGGUCCGGGGAAGUAUAGUGCCGACAUUACGUCCUACGAUUACGACGCACCGCUAGAUGAGGCCGGAGAUCCAACGCCAAAGUAUUUCGAAAUCCGGAAGGUUUUGCUGGAGUACUUUGGAGAUCCUGGUGUACCAGCCCCACAAAAGCUACCCAAAAUGGCGCUUGAUACGGUAUGGCUGGAACGGCGUGGAUCCAUGCUAUCGAAACACGGUCGAACAAUGCUCGCCAGCCGAAUGGUUGCUGCCGCUCAACCGGUCUCAUUCGAAGCCCUUAAUCAGCAUUCCGGGUUUCUGCUGUAUGAAACAACACUCCCGACCGGGUUGAACCGUGAUCCUUUCACGCUCAAGGUGGAACAUCUUCACGAUCGUGCUUACGUGCAUGUGGAUGGGACUUUUUACGGUAUACUGUCACGCGAAACGAACGUUAACACGAUCCCAUUGAGCGUGGGGCUUGGCACGAAACUUCAGCUACUGGUAGAAAGUCAGGGACGCAUUAAUUACAACAUACCGAACGAUUUCAAGGGAAUUCUAGGCUCCGUAACGGUUGAUGCAAAAUCGCUCUACAACUGGACCAUCACGUCUUUCCCGCUGGACAGCUAUCGAUACUUGGAAAACUUUUUGUCGCAACAACCCACCGAAAAGGAUGAUCUGGUUGGAGCUGGAGCACAAAUUUAUUAUGGUAGCUUUACGAUCAAUACCGACACGAUCCACGAUACCUAUCUGUAUCCAAAUGUUUGGGGUAAAGGAUUGGUAUUUAUCAACGGUUUCAACUUGGGCCGCUAUUGGCCGUUGGCUGGACCGCAAAUAACGCUUUAUGUGCCGAGACAUAUUCUGAAACAGGGAAACAAUCAGCUCGUCAUGAUCGAAUACCAGCAACACAUCCAGCAUCCUUACCUGCAGUUUAUUGAUAAGCCAAUAUUUACUUAA